GGUUUUGUUGAAAAAGGCGUUUCUUUCCGUAAUCUGAUCGUGGUCUUUUUAUUGCGUUGCAGUAUCGCUUCUGCUGUAUUUCUCUCAGUUGAUCGCUGUAUGUCACUUGAUCCGCUAAUUUGCAGGUUAUUUGAAGGCAUGGCCGGGACAGUCAAGAACGUGGCGAUAUUCGGUUCCACGGGUAUGACUGGUUUAGCUACCCUGCCACAGGUUGUGGCGGCAGGUUAUAAUGCGACAGUGCUGGUGAGGGAUCCUUCUAAGUUGCCCCCAGACCACAGAGCGUCCAGGGUGGUGGUAGGUGACGUCCUGAACAAGAAGGAUGUAGAGAAGACUUUGGAGGGCCAAGACGCUGCCAUUAUUAUACUUGGGACCAGGAAUGAUCUCAGCCCUACAACUGUGAUGUCUGAGGGAACAAGAAACGUCCUUGAAGUAAUGAAAGUUCGCGGGAUUCGUAAGGUUGUCGCUUGUAUGUCCUCCUUCCUUCUGUGGGACCGUGCCAAAGUGCCUCCCCGACUCGUGCCUGUCACCGAGGACCAUGACAGGAUGUACAGACUGUUAAAGGAGUCAGACCUAGACUAUGUGGCUGUGAUGCCCCCACACAUCGCUGGUGACAAGCCCUUGACCGAGAAGUACACUGCAUCUGAGAAUGCAGUGAAGAGUCGUGUAAUUUCCAAACAUGACCUAGGCCACUUUUUUGUGAAAUGUCUCUCCACCUCUGACUGGAAUAUGAAGACAGUGGGAGUGUCUGGAGAGUACAGUUAAACCCAAUAAUCCACCCCAGCUCCAUUGAGAUGGAGAGAAUGCAUCAUGCCUUAAGAGAGUUUGACACAAAUAUUUUGACCUAAGGAUUUCAAGAAGUAUUAGAGAGUAAUGUUAAAGUAUGUUGCGCUUGGCAUCACCUUUUGUGUGUAUACCACGUCACAAUAAAGUAGUUUUGCUUACAA